CCAAAAAUUCCAUUAUCGUAUAUUCUUGAAAGAAAUUCUUACCAAGAUUAUUCUCAACCACCUUUGUUAUACAAAGACAUUUAUCUUGUUAGAACUUCUUCUAAUUCCAAAUUAACUCAUUUAAAUAUUAUAAAAGUCGCUAGACGAUACCUUUUAUAACACUUACGGAAUAACUACUUCAUCGCAAAAUUUAAAACGCCCUUAGAAAAUUAUGUCGAUUAAUACGAUUAUGGAAGCAACAGCAACGCUCGGAGCGAUGACGCCAUCCAACAAUGCAGCCAUCUCACCAGAAGGAAGAACAAACGGUAACCAGAACAAUGAAGAACGAUCAUCCGGAUCCCAGUUAUCCUCGACCACGUCCUCGGGCGCUUUUGGAAAAUAUAAUAAGCAAAUGUUAAUAUCUAAUUACCUCAAUAGAGGGAAAGAAACGAAUCCAAAAGAUAAAUCGGUAGAUAAAUCAAAGGAUAAAUCAAAUGCAGGCGGCACUCAAUCGGCAGAAAUACUUGAGCGCAACAAGAAAGACGCCGUUAGCAACAAAGAUGUCAGUAUCGGAUACAAGCAAAUACCUUCCACGACAGCUUCUAAAGAUCCAGCCGACGCGAGAAAAGAAGCAAACCUUGCGUCAAUGGAAGCGGAAUUCUGCGCGAUGUUUGGUACAUCCACCAAGUUACCACAAAUCCAAAAGAAGCAAAGCGACGGACCAUCCGGAGAGUCAUCAGCACCAUUAGACGAUACCUCAUUCGCCGAAGCAGUGAAAUUGUUGAACAAAAUCAAAGCCAACAGACAAGCGACAAAAG